AUGAACGAGAGACUCGCGACGAGCGAUCGGAGCGAGGAGACGAAGCGCGCGCGCGUCGAACGGGAACGCGAGACGGCGGCGAUGACGACGGGACCGAUGGAGAUCGAUGAAGAUUUACACUCGAGACAGCUCGCGGUGUACGGACGAGAGACGUUUCGAAAGCUCGCGGGGGCGCGGGUGUUGAUCGUCGGCGCGCGCGGGUUAGGGGUGGAGAUCGCGAAGAACGUGGUCCUGGCGGGCGUUCGGGGGGUGGGCGUCGCGGCGCGCGAAGAAAGCCGAGACGCGGAUCUCGCGGCGCAGUUUUACAUCGAUGACGACGCGGUGAAGCGCGGUCUCGCGCGCGCGGAGGCGUGCGCGGGUAAGUUACAAGAGCUGAAUCCCGCGGUGGAGGUGCGCGUGGAGACUGGGAACGUGCUGGACCGAGACACCGUCGCGGGGUACCGCGCGGUGGUGGCGUGCGAGCAAACGGAGGAGACGUGCAAGACGUUGAACGAGCUGUGCCGAGCCACCGGCGCGGCGUUCAUCAAGGCGGACGUUCGAGGGGUGUUUGGAAGCGUUUUCUGCGAUUUCGGCGACGCGUUCGACGUCGUCGACGUCGACGGCGAGGAGGCGCUCACGUCCAUCGUCGCGAGCGUGUCCAACGAUUUCCCAGCCCUCGUGACGUGCAUCGAAGACGAGCGCGUGGAGUUUCAAGACGGUCAGAGGAUCACGUUUAGCGAAGUUCGAGGAAUGACCGAACUCAACGGCGUGACGUGCGUGGUGAAGGACGUGAAGAAGCAUUCGUUCAAGCUCGACCUCGACACGACUUCGUUCUCGCAGUACGUCGGCGGCGGCAUCGCGACGCAAGUCAAGGAGACGAAGACGCUCAAGUUUUCAUCCUACGCCGAAGCGUUGGAGUCGCCGGGUGACUUUUUGUUGAGUGAUUUCGCCAAGAUGGAGCGCUCUCCGCAGCUUCACUUGGCGUUCGGUGCGCUCGACGCGUACGUCGCCAAGCACGGCGCCGAGCCAAUUCCGGGCUCGGAAGCCGACGCGGAGAAAUUCGUCGCCGAGGCUGAGGCGCUCAACGGUAGACGAAAAGCGGUGGACGAGGUGGACAAGGAUUUGUUGAAGACUUUCGCCAAGACGUGUCGCGGGUACGUCUCGCCCAUGGCCGCCAUGUUCGGCGGCAUCGUCGGUCAAGAGGUCGUCAAGGCGUGCACGGGUAAGUUCCACCCGCUCUUCCAGUGGUUUUAUUUCGACUCAAUCGAGAGCUUGCCGGAGGAGUUGACGGAGGAGGAUCUCACCCCGAGAGGCGACCGCUACGACGGCCAAGUGAUGUGCUUCGGGAGAAAGAUGCAAGAUAAACUCAUGAGCCAGAAGAUUUUCCUCGUCGGCGCCGGUGCGCUCGGAUGCGAGUUCUUGAAGAACUUUGCGUGCAUGGGGUUGUCGUGCGGCUCGGACGGGCAAAUCACGGUGACGGAUGACGACGUGAUUGAAAAGUCAAACCUAUCGCGACAAUUUUUGUUCCGCGAUUGGAACAUCGGUCAAGGGAAGAGCGUGUGCGCGUCCAACGCGGCCAAGGUUAUCAACUCCGGCUUGAAUGUCAAGGCGCUCGAGAACCGCGUGAGCCCGGACACGGAGGACGUGUUCGACGACGAAUUCUGGCAAGGCUUGGACAUCGUCGUCAACGCUCUCGACAACGUCAACGCGCGUCUGUACGUGGACAGUCGUUGCGUAUACUUUCAAAAGCCUUUGCUCGAAAGCGGGACGCUCGGCACGAAGUGCAACACGCAAAUGGUCAUUCCGAACAUGACGGAGAACUACGGUGCGUCUCGAGAUCCGCCGGAGAAGAGCGCGCCGAUGUGCACGCUGCACUCGUUCCCGCACAACAUCGACCACUGCUUGACCUGGGCGCGAAGUGAAUUCGAGGGUGCGUUCGAAAAAUCUCCCGCCGAGGCAAAUUCCUACCUGUCCAAGCCGGAGGAGUACGCGGCUGGCGCGUUGGCGAAUCCGGAUGCGUCCGCGCGCGAAAACGUCGAAAAGGUGGCGCUCAUGUUGCUGAAGAGUCACUGCGUUUCGUACGACGAUUGCGUCGCUUGGGCGCGCACACAGUUCCAAGAUCAGUUCCACGACAAAAUCAAGCAGCUCACGUACACGUUUCCGGAAGAUGCGGUCACCUCUUCUGGUUCGCCGUUCUGGAGCGCUCCAAAGCGUUUCCCGCGCGCCGUCGUGUUCUCUUCUUCAGACGUCGCGCACAUGACGCUCAUUCGCGCGCUCGCAAACCUCAAGGCUGAGGUGUGCGGCAUCGCCCGACCGGCGGCGGGAAUGAACGACGACGCCGCUCUCGUUCGAUUGGUCGAGAAGGUUCAAGUUGCCGAGUUUGAGCCCAAGAAGGGUGUGAAGAUUGAAACCGAUCCCAAGGCGAACUCCACCGCGUCAAACAUUCCAGAGGGCCUCGAUGACGAAGCCAUCAUCAAAGACUUGUUGGCGCAGCUCGACGCAAAGCGCGCAAGCAUGGGGGCGGAUUACCGAUUGAAUGUCAUCGAGUUUGAAAAGGAUGACGACACGAACUUCCACAUGGACGCCAUUGCCGGUUUGUCCAACAUGCGCGCUCGCAACUACGAAAUCGGAGAGGUGGACAAGCUCAAGGCUAAAUUUAUCGCCGGUCGAAUCAUUCCGGCCAUCGCCACGACGACCGCGAUGGCGACCGGUUUGGUGUGCCUCGAGCUGUACAAGGUGCUCAACGGCGCAAAGAUUGAGGCGUACCGCAACACGUUUGCCAACCUCGCUCUGCCGCUCUUCGCCAUGGCGGAGCCCAUCGCGGCGAAGCACGACAAGUUCAAAGAUUUAUCCUGGAGCAUGUGGGAUCGGUGGAUACUCGAGGGCGAUCUCACCGUGCAAGAAGUGAUCGAUCACUUCGAGGCGAAAGGUCUGAUUGCUUACUCCAUGUCCGUCGGCGCGAGCUUGGUUUAUAACAACAUUUUCCCCAAGCACCGCGAGCGCUUGAAUCAAAAAUUGAGCGAGCUCGUGCAAACGAUCGCAAAGAUGGAGAUUCCGGCCAAGCGACGACACUUCGAUAUCGUCAUCGCGUGCGAGGACGACGACGGCGAGGACGUGGACAUCCCGAUGGUUUCCAUCAAGUUUAGAUGA